GUGUCUCCUCCGUCCCCUCCUGCCGCGCGGCGUGAGCUGCGGGCUCGGGCCCCCCCGGCCCCCCGCCCCUCCCCCUUUCCCCUCCCCCUCCCCUCCCCUCCCCCGGGCCCCGCGCCCCCCCCGCCCCCACCCCCCCCAUGGACAUGCUGGACCCGGGUCUGGACCCCGCUGCCUCGGCCACCGCCGCUGCCGCCGCCGCCGCCGCCGCCAGCCACGAGAAGGGACCCGAAGCGGAGGAGGGCGUCGAGCUCCAGGACACCGGGGAAGGGCCCGGGGCCGAGGAGCAGACCGCGGUGGCCAUCGCCAGCGUCCAGCAGGCGGCGUUCGGGGAGCACAACAUCCAGUACCAGUUUCGCACGGAGAAUAAUGGAGGACAGGUAACAUACAGAGUGGUCCAGGUGACAGACGGCCAGCUGGAUGGCCAAGGGGACGCGACGGGCGCCGUCAGCGUGGUGUCCACGGCCGCCUUCACCGGGGGGCAGCAGGCUGUGGCUCAGGCCGUGAUCCAGAACCCUUUCAGCAAUGGGGGGAGCCCGGCGGCCGAGGCGGUCAGCGGGGAGGCCCGCUUCGCCUACUUCCCAGCGUCCAGCGUGGGGGAUGCCACGGCAGUGUCCGUGCAGACCACGGACCAGAGCCUUCAGGCAGGAGGCCAGUUCUACGUGAUGAUGACCCCGCAGGAUGUGCUGCAGACGGGCACGCAGAGGACGAUCGCUCCCCGCACCCACCCAUACUCUCCGAAAAUGGAUGGGACGAGAACCCCCCGAGAUGAGAGGAGGAGAGCCCAGCACAAUGAAGUGGAGAGGAGGCGGAGGGACAAGAUUAACAACUGGAUUGUUCAGCUCUCCAAAAUCAUUCCAGACUGUAACACGGACAACAGCAAGACCGGAGCAAGUAAGGGAGGGAUCCUGUCCAAAGCUUGUGAUUAUAUCCGUGAGCUCCGCCAGACCAACCAGCGGAUGCAGGAGACUUUCAAGGAAGCUGAGAGGCUGCAGAUGGACAAUGAGCUCCUGAGGCAGCAGAUAGAGGAGCUCAAGAAUGAGAAUGCAUUGCUCCGAGCCCAGCUGCAGCAACAUGGCCUGGAGAUUGUUGGGGAGACAUCCCGGCAGUGAUGCCCCUCCCCACCCCCUCCCCCUGGUCUUCAGGGGAGGGUUCUGGCCCCCAACCCUUAGCACAGAGAGGGAGAGAGUCUGCCCCCUCCCCCAGCUGCAUUUUUUAUAGUAGAUUUUUAACAAAAAUGGGGAGAAAAAAGCAUUUCCAUGAAUACAGCACCCCUCACCCCCACAACAAAAACAGCCCCACGGACAUGUCCACCCUCUCCCAUCUGUCUGUUUUCUCCAACUCUCUCCCUUUUCCUCUCCUCUCUCCCGUUUCCUCCACUUUGAUUCAGUCAUGCCACCCAAUGGCUCCCUGCCGGGCUUCCCUUUCCUGCCUUGGUCAUGGUGGAAGGGGGCAGGACACCGGGAGAGACAUCCCUUAGUCGUACCCUGGACCCCGUUCUGCCCCUUUCCUCUUUUCCUGGAGGUACAGAGACAGAACCGCUAAGAAGUGGGGAAGCCUUUGGUGGGGCCACCCCGAGGCUAGGGCCUCUUUGGACUCAUGCUCCGGCCUUCCCACCUCCCCAGCUCACUUCCCAACACCCUGACCCCUUCUUUGGGUGUGUGUGUGUGUUUUAAUUUCUUUAUGAAAAAAAAAAGACCAAAAAAAUAAAAGAAGAGAAAGGUAUUUAAACUGCAAUAAACUGGCCUGUAUGGCCCCCGCCUCA